AUGCUGGACAUCCACACCAAAGUGCAGAAUUUCGACUUCGCCCACAUCGUCACCUUCCUCAACAAGCUCGACCAGCAUGAGCUUGAUGUGUUGGCCUCAAAUACUAGCACCCAGCUGAUGCAGAUCCACAUCGUAUACGGAAUUCCUGAGCGCAAUCGCCUCACGCGUUGGAUCAACCGGAAGAAGGCUACCACUAAGAAAGGCAGCAACAUCGACUUCAACUACCAUCCAGCGGUACCAGCUCAUGAGUAUUACUGGGAAGAACAGCAGCGUAAAGCACGUCGAAUGGACAUGAUUGCCCUGGCGAAAGAGGUGCUCAAGGAGAAGCCAGACGAUCAGCACUACCAACAGGAGGGCAGGAGGAUCCUGCAAGCACUGGAGCAAGGUUGA